AAACAAGCAGGAAUUCUAGAGGCUUGUUCCUGAGAUUCCAUGCUCUGUAAGUAUAAUAUAUACAUUUAUUUUAUCCCGCCAUCCCACUGAAUUGAAUCUCAAAGUCUCCUAAACAUCUAUUAGCAGCAAGUACUGCAUUUCAAGACGAAUAAGAGGUGCAUUUUUUUUUAUUUUAUUUUUUUUUUUUAGCAUUAUAUUAUACUUUCUAAUAACAAAUACUGGUCAGUAAUGGAUCAGGACAAUAAAUAGUAAUAACAUGGGAAAACAAAAGAAAACUAGAUUAGAAUAAUUAAACAUACAACCACACAAUACAUUUAGAUAUCUGAUAUCCCAGAUUAUUUAUGCAUUAUUAACUUUUGCAAAAGAGGAAAGGAAAAAAAAUCGAUGGAAGAAAAUUCCGCCUAUAAAAUGGUGGAUUGAAUUAUAUGGACCCCAUAGACAAUUUGGAGAUGGACCCUAAAUGUCUGCUUGUUUCUUUUACCCAGGCUUAUCCUCUGCAUGCUUUGCAACAUAUACCAUUGCCUCUUAUUCCAUCAGUUGGUGUUACUGUAAAAUAAUUUACAAUACAAGAAUUUUGUUUUAUUUUUGCAUUUGUUGCUAUGGUAUAAUUUGCUUGCUGUACAGUUAUAUAUGAUAUUAUAGCAAUAGGUUCAGUGCAAAGGAUAUCCCUGGUAAGAUGGUACAUGGGGUAACUGCAACCUUUACUAUUCGCAGCGAGCCAUACAAAUGAACCUUUGUCUUUCUGACACUUGGAAUAGUACAAGUAAUAUGUUUUUAUAAAACUGUAUAUGGGGUUCAUUUUAGAUUUACAAUGAAUUUUGAAUAACAGAUUUCUAUUAUUUUGGCGUGUAAGAGCAGGCAACACGUCAGUGUGUGAAAAGAUAUAAAUAUAUUUUGUUUUUUUAGGACAUUUUAUUUAUUUAUUAGGUUUCGUGCUAGCGUUAGGCAAUAUUAAAACAUACAUUUGCUUGUGUACUUGAAAUUGGCAUGAAUUACACUCCUGGACAACAGCUGCCAUAUGUAGCUGCCACCGUAUUAAUUCAGUGUCUGCCAAUAAUGCUGUGUCAGUAGAGGAUCUGGGGAGACAGAAUAAAGCUGACUGAAUAGUGCUCCCCUACUGACACAAUUAAAAUGAUGGUAUUUGUUUGCCAGGAAUGUGACUCUCACUAAUCACAGGCAGACCAGCACAAGUCCUCCAUGAUGCUGUCCUAAUUGUUGGGUGUGACAUGCAAAAUAAAUGAAUAGGUUUCACAUGGGUGUAACAAAGUAUAUUAAAAUACAUUAUCAAAAUGAGAACAAUAUGGUAUUUAUGACACAAAGCAAGUGUCAGAUUGUCAGUAGAGGGUGAUAUAUGAUAUUAUGUGUUUUGUGGGCUGCCCUUUUAGGGUUACUCCCUAAAUUACCACCUAAUUGCUAGUGUUUGCCCUUGGUUUUUUUAGGUUUCAAGUCCAGACAAGUUUAAAAUGCAAAGUUUUGAAUAAAACAAUGAUUUAUAUAUGAUUUGAUCAGAUAUUUAUUUAGUUUUAGAAUCUUGAUAUGAAUUUUAACCGCUUAAAAUAGCGAAGAUACAGUUCAAUGUCUGAAAUCAAGAAGAAACAAAAUGGAAGGACCCAGGGCCCGCUAGCAGGGCUCUUCCUGAGUAAACCCACAAGAAUGCAGUUCUGAAAGUGGUGUGUGUAUAGUGGAUUUAGAAAGUGUGUAAAGUGGAUGCAGAGUGCGCGUGUAAAGUGGAUGCAGAGUGCGCGUGUAAAGUGGAUGCAGAGUGCGCGUGUAAAGUGGAUGCAGAGUGCGCGUGUAAAGUGGAUGCAGAGUGCGCGUGUAAAGUGGAUGCAGAGUGUGCGAGUAAAGUGGACGCAGAGCGCGUGUAAAGUGGACGCAAAGUAAGCUGAAAAUGGAUGCAGUGUGUAUAGUGGAUGCAGAUUUUACAUUUGUGUAUUGGAUGUAGUGUUUGUGUGUAUUAGAUACAGUGUGUGCAGCAGAUGCAGUGUGUAAAGUGGACGCAGAGUACAUGUGUAAAGAGGUUGCAGAGUGUGUGUGUAAAGUGGACGCAGAGUAAGUGGAAAAUGGAUGCAGUGUGCGCGUGUAAAGUGGACGCAGAGUAAGUUGAAAAUGGAUGCAGUGUGUGUAGUGGAUGCAGAUUUUACAUUUGUGUAAUGGGUGUGGUGUUUGUGUGUAUUAGAUACAGUGUGUGUGUAGCAGAUGCAGUGUGUAUAGUGAACGUAGAGUGUGUGUUUGUGUAGUGGAUGUAGUGUGUGUUUGAGUAGCGGAUGUAGUGUUUGUAUUAGAUGCAGCAUGUGUAGUUGAUGUAGGGUCUGUGUAUAGUGAAUGCAGAGUGUGUGUUUGUGUAGUGGAUGUAGUGUAUGCAGAGUCUGUGUAUAGUGAAUGCAGAGUGUUUGAAUGUAUACUUUGGAUGUAGUAUGUGUAUAGUGAAUGUCGUCUAAGAACCCAGACAGCCACUAGAGGAGGACUUAAAAAACUGCAAUAAUUACAUGUUUAGGGUUAAGGGUGAUGGGAGUUGGCACCCAGACCACUUCAAUGGGCUGAAUUGGUCUGGGUGCCUAAGGUGUCCCUUUAACUCACUCUAAGCCUGGACUGGCCUACUGGGAUAUUUACCUGGAAACUUCAGUAUCUUUGGCCGAUCAGGCUGCCAGAGUAUGUGUAUGUGUGUUGUCAUUGAAAGUAUUUGCAAGUGUCCAUGAUGUGAGAUGAGACAGUAAUCAAGGCACUUAUAUAUGCUGAUAUUCACUGGUCGUGUAGUCACAGGAAACAAAGACUGUAUCUGUUGGGCCUUCAGUAAUCUGUUUACUAUAUAAAGGUUAUACAAUGUCUCUUCCAAUAUUCCUGACUAGUGUUGUGCCAUCAGCCAUCGUCAAUUCUGGUGACUGAAUUUUGAGAACAAUAUUUUUUGAAGUUAAUAUAUAGCAAGUUCCACUUAUUCAGGUUUCUUUGGCACCAAUCCUAUUUGUUAAAUGCCAUUUUGGCAUAGUUAUUUUAUUGUCUUAUUGUCAGUGAACAGUAAGGGACACUAUAGUCACCAGAACAACUACAGCUUAAUGUAGUUGUUCUGGUGUCUGCAGCCUGUCCCUGGCCUGCAGGCAUUUUAAUGUAAACACAGAGAAAAUGCAGUGUUUACAUUUCUACCUAGUAACACCUGUAAGUGCAGUCACUCAGACUGGACGUGCAUCCUGGGUCAGUGCUGCACAAUGAGCAACCAGGCAGAUCCUUAGUAGGUGUACUGAAUGCACUGAACCCAGACGCCCAAAGGUGGAGGGCGCUGAGAGGAGCCCUGUCACAAGGUGCGCCUCCAAAGCAGCGCUAAUUCAGUAAGGCUUGCAGUUUCUUACUUUCCCCUCAUGUGCUCUGUGAUGCCAGGAGCCGGAAUAUGAUGUCAUUCCGGCCCGGCAUUCUAAACAGCACGCAGGAGGAGUGAGGAACUGCAAGAUUACAGCUCCACAAUGGACCCCAGGAAAGGGUAGGGAGGCAGAAUGGACCUCAAAAAAUAAAAUUAAUUUGUGAGAGUGUGCAAGAAUGUCUGAGUGUAUCUGUCAGUGUGUGUGUCUGUCAUUGAGUAUAGCUGUCGGUGAGUGUGUGUAUAUCUGUGUGUGUGUUUCUGUCAGUGAAUGUGUGUCAGUGAGUAACUGUCAAUGUGUGGUCGGAGAGUGUGUGUGUGUGUCUGUCAGUGAGUAAGUCUAUCAGUGUGUGUGUGUGGGUCAGUGAGUGUGUGUCUGUCAGUGACGUGUUAAAAUAAUCUUUCUGUCAGCCAUCCUCAAGCUAUACAGCUGAUGUGCACUGUCCAAAGUAUAUAUGUACAGCAAUGCCACUGAAAACAAGACCACUAAUUUUCCCAAUCACUGCAGGCAUUGGGUAUCGCAGCAAAGGUGUGUCUGUCAGUGUAUCAGUCUGUCAGUGAGUGUGUGUCUGUCAGUAUGUGUGUCUGUCGCUGAGUGUGCCUGCGUGCCUUUCAGUGCAUGUCUGUUAGUGAGUGUGUGUGUCUGUCAGUGAGUGAGUGUGUGUGUCUGUCAUUGAGUGAGUAUGUGUGUUUGUCUGUCUGUCUGUCAGUGAGUGAGUGUGUUUCAAAUCAGUGAGAUUGUGUGUCUGACAUUGAAAAUGUGUCUGCCAAUGUGUGUCUGUCAGUGUGUCUCUCUCAAUGAGAGUGUGUGACUGAUUACAAAAAGUGGUGGGCCUUAUAGAUGGAUAGGUGGAGUUGUUGCAUGAAUAUCUGGACAUUUGUAAAGGGGAUGAGUUAAUAAGAUGACCAUGCCCACAUUGGGACGCCAAAAAAAUUUCUGCACCCAGACCUCUGUGACCAUAGGAUUGGCCCUGUGUGCAGCACUUAUGUUUAGCGUUUCCACGCUCUGCAUGGAAACGCUGAACACAUCCUAUAGAGGUGCAUUGAUAUAAUGCAUUUCAAUGAGGAGAUGCUGGUUGGCGCAGUACUGCAUUUUGUCACACAUGCGCAAUAGCCUCCCACUGCUUUCCUAUGGGAAAGCUUUGGAUUGGCUGAUAUUCUCAAAUUUGUUGAUAUCAGUCAUGGAGGCGGGGCGAGGCGAGUAAAAUACUUUUUGAAAGGGAGGCGGACACCUGGAGAGUGAUUUUACCACUAUAGUGUCAGGUAGUGUUCCUUUAAAUGAUAAUGGGGUUGUGCGUUCCUGCUUGAUAAACAUUAAUGUGGUAGUUCAUUUAUUGUUGUAAGACACGAUUUUUAUGGUGUUUUUGACACGUGUUUUUUUUUUGUUCAUUUAUCCAAACCUUACCUUUACUUGCUCCGCACCAUGAUGCCUACGGAUUUCUACUUUUAACCAUUACGUGAGGAACAGCGGACCCUUCACAAAGUACUCCUGUUUAACAAACAGCUACUCUUAACUUUCUGCAGCGCUAUCUUUGGGUUUUGUAAUAUCUUGGCACAUGUAACCUGCAAUAUAAUGUUCUGGAAAGUAGUGAAAAAUUAUGACAUGACGUCUGUUCGAGUUGGUACUUUCCAGUUCCAAAUGUUAUUAACAUAGCUAUGAGCAAAAGUAGGCUACAUGUUUUAUUUAAAGGGACCCUGUCUUAAGAAAUAUGACACAAUUGUUUUCUGCCAAAUUCCUGAGUAAAGAUUUAUAAUAAUAUUCUUACCUUCCAAUGCCCACAACCAGUCUGCUGUGAAAAAUAAAAUUAAUGGCUGUUACAGGCAGAUGUACAGACAUUCAAAUUGAAUUGAAAAAUGGACAAAUUAAAACCAUGACUGACUUGAAGGUAAUUUUUACCUAAAAUAUUUAAAUUUACCUUUAUUCAAUUUUGAAUCCCAACAUUUUACAGUUUAUUGAAUAAUGUGUGGGAGAAUUGGUUGAUUUUAAGUGAAACCAUGACAGGUUAGUUUAAAGGAACAUUUCUCAUGUUAUGACCAUUUAGCAUCUUUGGACUAGUUAAGUGUGGAUUUCGCCGGCUUUAACCCCUUAAGGACACAUGGCAUGUGUGACAUGUGAUGAUUCCCUUUUAUUCCAGAAGUUUGGUCCUUAAGGGGUUAAACUGUUAAACCAUUUAUUUACAAUCCCUGCCACCCAUUGCAUGUACGGAUCGAUAUGAGCUACACCAAUCAUUUAUAGCAAUGGGCAGCAGUGAUAGGCUGAGAGAGCUCAUGUGGCACUCUCACCCUAUCCCUGUACCCCAUCACCACUCAGGUUAAGAAAGGUAGCCAGGACGGAAGUGGUGCCACGUUAAACUGCAAGUAAAAGGUUUAACAGUAAACCUAGUUACCUAGCUAUAGUGUCCCUCUGCAGUUAACUAUUGGUCCAGCCUGUCACCCGGAGAUGAAAGGGUUAAAAACCCUUAAGCCUAAAGAAAGUUAAAAAAACUUUCUUUCAUUUACCUGAUUCAGCACUGAGGUCCCUUGGCACUGGCUCAGCCUCCUCUGACAUCAAUGGAUGGGAGGACCUAAUGCACAUGUGCAGCCAUUGUAAAGCAUUAAAUCAGUGCUUUCCUAUGGGAAUAUGGAAGACGCUAGAUAUCUUCACGCAACCUUCAGCAUCAUUUUACAUUGUUAAACUCUGUAAAAAGCCAGGAAGCAACUCUAGUACUUAUGUGGUAGACAGCCAGUUCAAGCAAUAUUUUACAUUGCAUGAUUAAGGGGACGGGGGCACUGCACCCAGACCACUUCAAUGAGAUAAGGCAGUCUGGGUGCCUAUAGUGUCCCUUUAAUGUAUAGAUGAACUUCCAUGUUAUUUCAAUGAAACCUAACUUUCGUGUACCAUUGCAGGUGAAAUUAAAGUCUCAAUGACAAAUAAAUUCUAAAAGAUGACGUUAUUUAGCCCAAUGUUUGAGCAGACUGUGUAAACAUGAAUCUAGCCCUGCAUAUCUGUGAUCAAAUUCACUUCUGUAGUAAAGAAUGAGCAACAUUUUCCAUUCUAGCUGUAAUCAGAGAGAAUACAAAACACAAAGUUUAGAUUAUCAAGGUACCUGUGAGGUACAGGUGCAUUAGAAUAACAGACUACCCACUUUUCUAGCAUCACAUGCUGAGCUAGGACCUCAGGGGACUAUCUAGCAAGAAUUGUUUUAUAAAUGUUAUGGUUCAGCAUGAUUUCCACUAUGUGCAAGAUUAUGAUGGCCAUAUGUGUUAGUCACUAAGGGUGGCCUCUGUGGGUGGUCUUGAGUCCCAGGUGAGUGAUGUCUAUUCUAGCAUACUAAUGCUUAAGUGCAAUGUUAGGCUGAGGAUGAACGCUUUCAAGUUGCUGUCUUGCUCUCCUUACUUCACAAUCUGAUAAAUCAGGUUUGUCCUUCAGAGCUCGCUGUGAUUCAGUUGUGCUUUUGCUUGCUGCCGCCAUUAAUCUGAAGAUGAGGUAAUUUUUUUUUAGAAUUGAUAAUGAUUCCAAGAUAAAGAUGUAUGAGGACGGAUAUGUGGACAUCAGCCAAUUAUUGGAGAACGACGAACCUGAGCAGGCCACCUGUGGAGCACCACCACCAGCAAAACAGCUGUCCUAUUCCACUGGGAAAUUCAAAAAUGGUCAGUCCUAACCCAUAUUUGUGUUGCAGCAGAUACAUUCAGCCAUUUUGUAAAGACAAUACUGGGACUUUCCAGACACAAAGUGCUAGAUUUGGAGUGAUCGUCAAAAUGUUCCAUUGGAUCUCAUGUCACAUUACAUGUCACAUGUAACAAAGCAGACGAGAACACGGAUAAAUCUAUAUGAGAUAGAACACCAAACCAUCUUUUUAUUUACUAAUUUCAUCCCUCUGCUUCUAUGUUCUACACAAUUAAUAUUUUAAACGUCAUAAUGUUCCAUGAAUAAAGAUAAUCAUGAUUGUGCCAGUAGAGAAAAUAGCUGUCCAGUUGUUGCAGGAAUACAGUUUACGUGAUCAUUUAAAAUGGUAUGCAAUAGAUGGACAGCUACAUAUUGGCUACUGCUGCUGAAAAGAAGUUUGCCCAGAGAGAAAACAAUUGUUAAUUUUACAGGAGCUCUACAAAAAGUAUCUAUGCGAGCAUUCCAGUUUAAAAAUAGUGAUAUACACUCUUAUUUCAAUCAGGGAUAUUUCAAAGGGUCAAUGUGAAUUCACAGACACAAUCUGCAAAAUAUAGUGAAGAAAGUAAUAAAGCACACCUUUAAACCCUCAGUCAGGUAGAGAUUACAGGAGAUUACUUUUGUGAAAUUUAUAUCAUUAUUAUAUAUCACAUAUCUUGUUAUCCAUCUUACUUAACCAUUAGAUGCCCUUUACUGUAUCAAUUGACUCUCACUUCUACUUUUUUUUUUUUUUUUUACAUUGAGAGAUGUUACAAAAACAUAUCAGUUGAGUUGAGGCUUGCACAUAAGCCUCUAUUACAUGUUCCACAUUAGUGUUCAUAUAGUUCAGAUAUACAAUUUAUACAGUACUAUGCCAUUUAAUAAAACAUAUACUGGUGGCUGUGCUCACUUCUAAACGCGAUUUCUCUAGAUCAAGGGUAGGCAACUUCGGCACUCCAGAUGUUGUGGAUUUCAUCUUCCAUAAUGAUCUUACAGCCAUAAUGCUAGCAAACCAUCAUGGCAGAUGUAGUCACAACAUAUGGAGUGCCAAUGGUUGCCUACCUCUGAUUCAAACAUUAACCAUUGGGCUUUGCUUUUUUACCCAUUCUCUUCUAAGUAGAGUCCAGCAGUAAGUUUCCCAAAAACUACUCCACCCACAUUAUGGCUCUCUCAGAUAAGAAAGAAUUAAGCAUGCAUUUUAGAUGAUUUCUCGGCCAGCUCAAGGAACACAUCAUCAACUUCACAAAAACUCUAUUAACACAAAUGUCUGAGGAAGCCGAACCUCCCAAACGUUAGAUACUAUAACACGGCAGCCAUCCUCUGUCAUAAUACAUCUACUCUCUUUCUUCCUGCAGCCCAAAAGCUGGUCAUACUAAAUAAUCCCACUAAUUACCUACUUCCAAGAACAUAGCUACAUACAGAGUAUCACUAACACUUUCAAAAACUGUGACCGGAUCAGCCUCAUUCUACCAUUCUUUUAUCACACAAAGACAAUAUAUGAAGAAAAGGUCUAAAAGACAUUGACCAAUGGAGAAACCAAAAUGACAAUGCUACCAUAAUCCACGCACACUCACCAAUCGUCUAUAGCCAAUAUCAUACCAGAAACUGUCAUUAAAAAUUACAUAUAUAUAUAUAUAUAUCUUUCCCAUGAGACAACACUACAUGGAUCUAACGAACAAAAGCAACUGUUAAAGAUUAAUUUCCCCUUUACUUAAGCUGAUUUGUCCCUUACCUAGUAGUUUAAAAUGUACCACCAUGUACACAACAUGAAAACUCUGAAUCUACUGUUAUUAAACAUAAUAAGCCUACUUUGAUACAAAAAUACCCACUACUAGGGAUCGACCGAUAUUGAUUUUUUAGAGCCGAUACCGAUACCGAUAAUCUGCAAACUUUCAGGCCGAUAGCCGAUAUCUUGCCGAUAUUCUGUACAUUUACUAUUUUGAAUAAAUAAACUAAUUUGAAAGGUAAAUGCACAAAAUAUACAUGCCACAUGUAGUGGAUGAAGUGUGUUUAGACAGGGGAACUGUGUGUGUUUGUGUAGUGUGUGUGUGUGUGUAGUGGAUGCAGAGUGUGUGUUUGUGUAGUGUGUGUAUAAUGAAUGUAGUGUGUGUAUAAUGCAGUGUUUUUGUGUGUGUUUGUGUAGUGUGUAUGUGUAUGUAUGUAAUGUGUGUAUGUAAUGCAGUGUGUGUUUGUGUAGUGUGUAUGUAAUGUAGUGUGUAUGUAUGUAAUGCAGUGUGUGUGCAGUGUGUAUGUGUAGUGUGUGUGUAUGUAAUGCAGUGUAGUAUGUGCAGUGUAGUGUGUGCAGUGUGUGUGUCUGUAAUGCAGUAUGUGUGCAGUGUGUGUUUGUGUGGUUUGUGUGGUGUGUGUGUAUAAUGAAUGUAGUGUGUAUAAUGCAGUGUUUUUGUGUAGUGUGUAUGUAAUGUGUGUAUGUAAUGUGUGUAUGUAAUGUGUGUAUGUAAUGCAGUAUGUGUGCAGUGUGUUUGUGUAGUGUAUGUAAUGCAGUGUAGUGUGUGCAGUGUAGUGUGUGCAGUGUGUGUGUCUGUAAUGCAGUAUGUGUGCAGUGUGUGUUUGUGGUGUGUGUAUAAUGAAUGUAGUGUGUGUAUAAUGCAGUGUAGUGGAUGAAGUGUGUUUAGACAGGGGAACUGUGUGUGUUUGUGUAGUGUGUGUGUGUGUGUGUUUGUGUAGUGUGUGUAUAAUUAAUGUAGUGUGUGUAUAAUGCAGUGUUUUUGUGUGUGUUUGUGUAGUGUGUGUGUAUGUAAUGCAGUGUAGUAUGUGCAGUGUAGUAUGUGCAGUGUGUGUGUCUGUAAUGCAGUAUGUGUGGUGUGUGUGUUUGUGUGGUGUGUGUGUUUGUGUGGUGUGUGUGUGUAUAAUGAAUGUAGUGUGUAUAAUGCAGUGUUUUUGUGUAGUGUGUAUGUGUGUGUAUGUAAUGUGUGUAUGUAAUGUGUGUAUGUAAUGUGUGUAUGUAAUGCAGUGUGUGUUUAUGUAGUGUGUAUGUAAUGUAGUGUGUAUGUAAUGCAGUGUGUGUGUAUGUAAUGCAGUAUGUGUGCAGUGUGUUUGUGUAGUGUGUGUGUAUGUAAUGCAGAGUGUGUGUUUGUGUAGUGUGUGUAUAAUGAAUGUAGUGUGUGUAUAAUGCAGUGUUUUUGUGUAGUGUGUAUGUAUGUAAUAUGUGUAUGUAAUGCAGUGUGUGUUUAUGUAGUGUGUAUGUAAUGUAGUGUGUAUGUAAUGCAGUGUGUGUAUGUAAUGCAGUGUAGUGUGUGCAGUGUAGUGUGUGCAGUGUGUGUGUAUGUAAUGCAGUGUAGUGUGUGCAGUGUAGUGUGUGUCUGUAAUGCAGUGUGUGUUUGUGUGGUGUGUGUGUGUUUGUGUGGUGUGUGUGUUUGUGUGGUGUGUGUGUUUGUGUGGUGUGUGUAGUGUGUGUAUGUGUAGUGUGUAUGUAAUGCAGUAUGUGUGCAGUGUGUGUGUGUGUUUGUGUAGUGAUGUAAUUUGUGUAAUUUUUUAUUUUAAUUUUUUUUAAUAUUUAAAUGUUGUUGUUUUUUGUUUAGUCCCCCCCCCUAGUGUGUGUUUGUGUAGUGUGUGUGUGUGUGUGUGUAAUGCAGUGUGUGUGUCUGAGUAGCAGUAUGUGUGCAGUGUGUGCAGUGUGUGUGUGUGUUUGUGUAGUGAUGUAAUUUGUGUAAUUUUUUAUUUUAAUAUUUUUUUUAAUAUUUAAAUGUUUGGGUGUUUUUUGUUUAGCCCCCCCUCCCUGCUUCUUACCAGGGAGGGGGAUAUAGUAUUCCCUGGUGGUCCAGUGGCUUGUUAAGUACAGUGGUGGCUCAGCAGCAGCAAGCGCUGACCUACCUUGCAAGCAGCUCCUACAGCUCCCUGUGUAAAUCUCGCGGCUCUUAGUGCCGCGCGGAGCGUUGCCAUGGUAACCCGUGGCAACGCUCUGCGGCCGCGGGUCUCGCAAGAUUUACACAGAGAGCUAUAGGAGCUGCUUGCAAGGUAGGUCAGCGCUUGCUGCUGGCCCCCACGGGACCGCCCGGCUUCUAAUGGGCCCGGCGGUCCUGUUAUAUGUUAUCGGCAAUAUCGGUAUCUGAAUUGGCCGAUACCGAUAUUGCCGAAAAUACCAAAUAUCGGCCGAUAAUAUCGGCCAGACCGAUAAUCGGUCGAUCCCUACCCACUACAGUUUGUACAAUUAAAGUCAUAUUUUGAAAAGACAUGCCCAAAGUGGCAUGUCCACUUAUUUGGUGACGCACAGUGAGAGAGGAGAAAGAAAGAUAUAUUUAUCUAAACCUCUUGUUUAGAUAAAUAUAUGCUGCCAUCUUCUUCUUGGUUCAAACUUUCAGACUUGGCAGCUUCCUCUACAAGGAGCUGCCUCAAAACUGUGAUCUCAAUGAGUACAAAAGGAAAGUUAAUAUAAGAUCUUACAGAAUCUUCCAUUAAUGAUCUUCUGCACGGGCAAUGAGUGCCAAGGGCAUCUGUUGUGCAUCAAGCAAGAUGCCUUUUCAAUCGUCCAUCACUCUUGAAAGCUUAAAGAAUUGUUAGAAUGCGGCAGCAAAACCUCCACCCACUUACACAUUCUAUCAAUAAUCAGAUCCUAUAUCACACAAAGUUGUCCCUAAUUUGUCCCAUGGAUAACACUGGCAUUUCAUUGCAAUUCCCACCAUCUUUAUGAGUAUAAAGCAUCUAAAUUUACUAAAAUGCAGCUCAAGCCUAGCACUCCUUGAUUUUUUUUUCCAACUCCCAGUUGGUUGAAACUAUGUUUGGACAGAAAUAUCUCAAGAUUCCUUAAUUUUGUUUACUGUGAACAGCUUUCCCACAAUUUCCACAACCGUCUCUUUAAUUGAACUCUAACCAAAGUUGCAUUGUCUUAUAUUUCAUGUGACAUGAUGUUAAUCUCACAAGCAUUCUGUAUGCUAUUUGCUCAAUAACAAAAAGAAUGACAUGAAACUGACUUACUGAAAUAAUUCCCUUGCUGUUAUAAUCUUGUUCCUGAAGGGUAGCAAUACUUUUUUGUUCCCUGUUCUCUUAGAAGCCUAUUUAAAUUGUAUCUCCUACAGGAGCCAUCGGUCUGUGCAACGUUGGUGUAAGAAGCUGCCUCAAUUCUCUGCUGCAGACUCUCUAUAUGAAUCCAGAUUUUUCCGAUAUACUGUGCAGGUAAGUCACUUUGUCGGUAUAUAUAGAGAGUCACGUUUACUAUUGAUGGGAGUCAUAUGACCACAUUCAAAGUUACAUGAUAGUGCAUUAUUUGUGGAGUCAUUGGUAACAUACAUAUGUAAUUAAUGCAAGAGGUAUACAAGAGUGGUUAAUGAAUCUUGGGAUAUACAUGAUUAAGGCCUACUACAGCCAAAAUUUUGUUUUUUUUAUAAGAUAAGGGCAAUAACUUUGCUGAGUUCGUAGGGAUUAAUGGGAAGUAAUGCCAAACCCAACCUAUUAAUAUUCAUUGCAAUCCCCACAAUAAAUGUUUCAAAAGCACCCAUAGCCAUGAAUAUAAAUGUUGUAGGUUUGUUAUUGAUGUUCUGGGUGUAAGACCUCUCGUACAAUGUCCAAUGCUAGUGAUUCUCAACAUUCUUUUGGCCAAGGCAUACUUUAUGGGGGGGGGGGGGAUCAAAGCACACCUACCUUUCAUUUUUUAUUUUCAUCCCCAGUUUAUAAAUGUCACAUUUACUUGUUGCCACAUUAGAGGUGUAAGAAUACUUAUAGUCAGACUGACCUAUUGGUUUUAAUUAAUUGUGGGGUUGGAAUCUCAUUUUAAUGUUUACUUACACGUUUAAAAAGGGGACUGCAUUCAAUCUAUUACAGUCCUGAAGUCUAUGUAUUAGUGGCACUAUUUGAGUUGGCUUGAGGUCACGGCAAACGGUUUGAAAUCGUGUUGAAAAUGAUUGGUCUGAGCUUUGAGGAAAGUGAAUACAAAGAAGGGAAUGAACAUCCAUCUUAUUUUCACACCAAGAAUGCAGAAAUCCCUUAACUUAUCAUUUUAAAAUCAUGGUUAUUACUAGUUUUAUGAUUUCUUUUUCCUAAACGCUUCUAGCCCUAAACCAAGCACUGUAUCAGUACUGUGCAGCAUUGGCAGUUCCAACAUUCCGGUAACCCCUUGUAGGAAGGCUGUGGAAUGGCAACACAUAUUCAUUAUAAUGUUUCCAGUUUCUGUAGAAUUCCAAUACUUUCAUGCAUUUUUUAUGAAAUCAGACUCUCUAUUGUGUACCUCCUGAAUUAAUCUUUUCAUAACCAUAAUCAUUUGUUUGUGGCACUAUUGACCUAAUGAAGGAAAAUAUAUGAUACUGUGGCAGGAUGGACAGGCUCUUGACAAUAAACUUCAAAUGCAAGCCUUAGGAUAAAAUAGUACUGCAGUUUAUUUGCACUAUAUACAAUGCUGUACUUUAAAUAAAUAAAUAAAACAAAAAGAAAAUAAAUCCUACUCCAACUUGGAGACUUACUAAGCAGGUGUAUCCCUAACUAUCCAACUGGCUACCUAAUCCAGUUCCCAGUUUUAAACAAUUUAAACACAGUACUUUUUCCUUUAGAAUCAUAGGGUCUCAGGCUUAACUGCCUCCUCUCUCCCAGCUGUUAGACUCUCUGAUGCCUCCAGAGGCUGACCUUUUAAACCCCUAGUGCAGGUUUAUUACAUUCACCUGAAAGGGCUUACUUCCACCAAUUAACCCUAUCAUGCUGGGAAUAGAGAGCGCUCCAAUCUGUUACUUACAUAGAAAGCCUCUCUGACCCUGCCACAAUACAUUCUUAUUAAUGUAUGUAAUUCAGCACUGUGUAAAAUAUUCAGAAUUCUCAUUUGUUUUUCUCUUCCUGGCAGGAUAGGGGAGCCAAAUGAUAAUGUGCCCCUCGAGAGGAGAUUUCCCUAUGAGCUACUCGCCCUGUUUGAGGAAAUGCAGAAUAGCAAGGAAGAUGCUGUGGCCCCAUACAGGAUACUGAGCUGUCUGAGGGAAGCCAACAUGAGAUGUGAGAAACAGGGGCAUGGGGAGUACAACGGCUAGAGAAUAGGAGAAAUUAAGUCAUACAUAGCUGCUAGGGAACUGAGAAUGAACACACAAUGCAGCUGGAAAAGGAGAGAUAGAUUCAUGUUACCGGAUAGCUUUGAAUCAUGGGAUGUAUGUAAAGUGAUACAAUAUGUAUUGUAUCCUUGUGUAAGAACAUGGCCUUAGAGACACAAGCUGUUAGAGCAGGGGUCAACAAUAGGUGUGUCUUUGUACGGUAUGGGAGGCAGCUGGACCCAAAUUAACCAGCUGGGGAGAUCAGAGGAUCUUGCGAGCUGGGCCACACUGCCCUAGCAUCCAGAGCACAAGGGAGCCUGUGUUCUGCACUCACACAGAUAAUCCACAUACAAUCCUGACACAACACUACAAACAGCCACACAUACACAACUCUGAAAACAGCCCAAUCACACACACCACAGACAGCCCACACCACACAUAAAAAAAGUACUAUAGGCAACCUACCUACACACAUUUAACAUCACAGGCAGACUAUAUGACACAGCAGGCAAUCAACAUAAACACACACAAUAGCACAAACUGUUUACAUACACAUCAAGUACAGCCUCCACUACACACACACACAAUGCUACAUAUACACACAAUACCACAGAUAGCCACGCUUACUGCACCACAGAAAUCUCCAUCACACACUCACAAAUAGUACAACCAACUCACAUACACCCACCUAUAACAAACUGCCCACUCACAUACAUAAAACAACAUGCUGCCGACAUACAGUGGUGUAUCCUGGUUUUGUGCUGCCCUAGGCAGGACAAAACUCAGGCACCAGCGCCACCCCCACCCAACCCUUCCCACCGCCCCACCUUCUAAAUACACACACACACAGUCAGACACAUACACACACACACACACACAGUCAGACACAAACACAGACACAAACACACAGUCAUACACACAGACACAGUCAGGCACAAACACACAGUCACACACACACACACACACACAGUCAGACACAAACACACACACAGUCAUACACACACACACAUACACAGACACAGUCAGGCACAAACACACACAGUCACACACACAGUCAGACACAAACACACAUACACAGUCAGACACAUACACACACAUACACAGUCAGACACAUACACACACAUACACAGUCAGACACACACACAGUCAGACACACACAGUCAGACACACACAGUCAGACACAAACACACACACACACACACACACACAGUCAGACAAACACACACACACAGUCACACACACACAUACACAAACACAGUCAGACAUACACACAGAUUAACUUUUUUUUUUAAUUUAAAUCCCCCCCCAACCUCCUUACCUUUGGGAGUGCUGGGGGGGGGGUCUCUCUCUCCCUGGUGGUCCAGUGGCUGGCGGCUGGCGAGGGAGCACUUCCUAUGAGCUGUCUGCUCAGCUCCCUCGCGCGCCGGCUGCAGAGUGAGGCUGGGAGCCGAAAGAUGACGUCAUAUCCCGGCUCCCAGUCUCACUCUGCAGCCGGCGUGCGAGGGAGCUGAGCAGAUAGCUCAUAGGAAGUGCUCCCUCGCCAGCCGCCCGCCCGGGAUGUCAGUUAGCCGCGAGGCUAACUAGGCAUUUGCCCUGGGCAUUUGGGGGGCGGCGUUUUUUGCCGCCCCCUGAAAAAUGCCGCCCAAGGCAAAUGCCUUGUUUGCCUCGCGGCUAAUACGUCCCUGCCGACAUACACAAACAAUAUUACAAACAGUCUAUAUACCUACACAUACAUAACACAACAGGCAGCCAAUAAUCACACAAACAGUACAGAAAACAACCAACAAACACAACCCCACAAACAUUCCAUACAAAUAUGCAAUGCUACAAACCCUUCCAAACACACACACAAUACCACCAUAUUCAUUCACACUGCAGACAUCCCACACGCAUAGCAUACAUUCACGAUGCAUACAACCCACCUACAUCCUACAUACACACCUAAAACCUCACAAUGCAGCCACCUUACCUACACAUAACAUAUGCAAAAUUUUCCACCAUACAUAAACAUUAGCUUAAAAAAAAUAGAGAUGGCUCCACAAGGGACUUUAAAUUUUACUUCAGCACAGCACUAACGAAAGCUUACCUAACCCUUUGUUAAAGGGCCAAACGGGAUAAAUAUGCAUGGAUACAGCCUUCUACAUGGAGUCUACAUCUGAUUUCUUCUUUACCUCUUUUUUCUGGCUCCUUUCAGUAGUUAGUCUGUAUGAUGUAUCGGAACUCAUCUGCAAACUCUGGAACCUACUUCUCCAACAGAUGCCUCAUCCACAUUUGGUAUGUAAAGUACGAUAAGCACUGCUAUUGGGGCAGUGAUGCAGGAGUUCUCUUAACACUGAUUAUUGGAUAGAAUUAUAACCCUCUGUGGGGGGUGGACAAAUUAGCUGCUUGAUUUUGGGUGCAUGACCCUCAGUCAAACAAAUAAUUUUGGUUGACAUUAUAACCUUGCAUUUAUAAUGCGACAGGAAGAAAAGCUGAGGACUUUAUACACUGUCCGACUUGAAGAAUCUUUGAAAUGUUUAAGCUGUUCUCAUCAGAGGUCCAAUGAGGUGAAUGUGUUAAAUAUCUUGUUGCAAAUUAUCCACUCCAAGCAUCACAGGAACCUAACCCUGGUAAGUUAGGUAGCUUUAGAUGUCUUCCACGACUUUCCAAAACCAGCAACUAUUUAUGGUUUAUCUUAACCAAAUAAUUCUUUCAUAUAUUGGUUUCCAACAGGAAUAUUGUCUCAGAAGAUACUUUAAACCCCAGGAGGUCAUUGGAGAAAGCAACAGUAUCUGUACAAAAUGUGGAGAGAAUAAAAAAACAGUCAAGGUAAUUAUAGUCAUAAGAUUACUUUGUAUAACAAAAUGUGACUAAUAUUUUCUUAUUUUUCUUACAAUAUUUCCCUUUUACAUACUAUUGUAGUUGAAAUGUAGGUAUUACAUUACUUUACCUUUCUGGAAGCUGUGUUGUGUGUGUCAAUGCUAGACAGUUAACUAGUAUCCAGGGCUUAAAUGAACACUAUAGGAUCAGGAACACAAACAUGUAUUUCUGACCCUAUGGUGUUAAAAAAACAAUAUCUAGCCCCACUUGCGCCCUUAAAUAUAGUAAAAUCCUACCUUUAUUUCAGUCUGCUGGUGCUGGCUCUGCCCCUGCUCUCAGCCCAUCAUAAUGCUUUCCUAUAGGAACCAAACACCGCCCUGGCCAAUCAGCAACUCCUCAUACAGAUGUAUUGAAUCAAUGCAUGUCUAUGAGGAAAGUUUAGUGCCUCAAUGCAGAUAGUGGAGACACCAAAUGAAAGUGCUGCACACUGUUCUGCACCAGGAAGCACCUCUAGUAGCCAUCUAAGGAAUGGCCAGCGGAGGUGUCCCUAGGCUGUAAUGUAAACACUGCCUUUUCUCAAAAAAACUUGAUUACUGCAAAAAGCCUGCAGGGGCUGUAUAUAAUCACCAGGACAACUACAAUAAGCUGUAGUUGAUCUGGUGACUCUAGUGUUCCUUUAACCCCUUAAGGACCAAACUUCUGGAAUAAAAGGGAAUCAUGACAUGUCACACAUGUCAUGUGUCCUUAAGGGGUUAAAUGUUCUAUUUUUUAUCACAAUACAAUGAAGUUACAUAUCAGGUAAAGCCAGUUAGCAUUCUAAAAGGAAGGAAAGCCUUUUAGGUAAGUUUAACUCUGCACAGUAAUCUGAAUAAAAAUAAAACAUUUCAGUGGUUUAUCAGUAAACUAAGAAUUUUAGAGAAUGGAUAAAAGAAGUACACAUUUUAUAUAGCUGAGCUGAAAAAAAAAGAUAAAAAUACAUCUGGAUAUUUUGUCAUAAAAAUUCUUUUGACUUAUAAUUUCUAGUCUAGUGAAUUUAAUUCAUAUAAAUAAAUUAUUGGCUUUUAUGAAACAAUAAAAAUGACACCUCUGCUUUAAAGUAAAUUAUCGACAUACAAAAAAAGAGAAAAUAGUUACAUGUUUGAAUGUGUAACCUUGUAGUUUGUGUAAACCACAUGUUUUACAUUAACCAGGGCCGUUUUAGAAUUUGAAGAAGUGUAUAUAUAACACUGUAAGAAAAAAACAUUUGCGGCUUUAGAUGCUCUGAUGUAACUGGGGCUAUUGGGGCUAAUUUUAUGCCCUUGUGGCACCCUUUCCUCUGCCCAGAAUAAACAGAUCAGUGUUGAUGCAAAAUAAGAGACAGUAGUUGGCAUGAUUCAUUCUUUGGAGACAUCCGCAUAUAGAUUAGCUCACCUGCUGUAGACUUAAUUUUUUUAUUGAUCAUCAAAGAGAAAUUGUGAUAAUGCAAUCUGGGAAAUUAAACUGGGUAGGAAUUUGGAAGAGUGGAGACCGGAUAGUAGGAAAGGAGAGUGCUAUGUGACAUUUGAUUCAUGGAGAAAAACCUUAAAAACAAAAAGGAGUCAUAAGUAGUAAUCUUAUUGAAAUGUGCAUAAAGAAUAUUAUGUUUAAAUUCCUUUCAAGGGGAUUGGUGCAAGUUGCCCGCAAACAUGGUUGGUAUACAGUUUUUAACCCCCAUUUAGUAGACCCCAUCUUUAAAUGGAGAGACCAGCUGUUAUACUGGAAUGGUAUGGAGAUUAAUAGCAAAUUCUGACUAUUUACCCUAGCUGAGCAUUUGUUUUGCAGGGUUUACGGUUCUUCUCUCUGCCCCGUACUCUAACCAUACAUCUGAAACGUCUGAACCAAAGAAAAUCCUCUCUGAAAACCAACAGAACUUUGUCUUUCCCAGAGCUUUUGGACUUGAGCGAAAUUCUGGAUCCAGAAUAUUUACCUGAACAAGAAUACAAACAGGUACACUAUAAGUAUUAUACAUGUAGCCCAAAAUGAAUUGCCUUUUGGAGCUCCCUGGCAAAGUUUUAGUACACACACACCAGUGCAGUUUAAAACAAAUCUGUACAGGGAAAUUCUUGUUAGUGAUGAAUCCAGGCGUCAGAUUUUUGGGGCUACUGGAUGCCCACUAUGACAGAAGAGACGGGUGGGGAUUAGUUGAAAUAGACAUAAACAUGACUAUUGCUUGUACAGAAGAUGUUAUCAAGGACCAGCUCUGCUCUGUGUGCUUUUCAUCCACCCCUGCAAAUUCUUCUCAUUCUUCUAUAAUCACUUUGUAUAGCAGUGUGUGAGGAGGUCAUUGUGUGGGAGUGAGUGUGAUAGGGUAACUGUGUGUAAGUGGUUAGUGUGGGUGGUGGAUGUACAGGGUGACUGUGUGUAGGAUGAGUGUGACCGGGCGACUGUGUGAGGGGAUGAGUGUGACUGUGAGGGGUUAUUAAGAUUCUUACACACUUACAGAUUCACACACAGUAUCAUACAGUCACAUAUUGAAACACACACUCACAGAUUCACAAAAUUGAUUAACACACACUUACAGAUUCACACACUAAUAAAACUUUUUCAUGCCAAUAACAGGUCAUAAGAAGAGCUGGCAGCUCCUGAAGUAAAUGGCAGAUUCAUGUAAAAUUCCUCUUGCAAAUAAGUGGAAGAGCUGCAUUACACAUUCCCUAUACUGAAGGUGCAGUUUACAUGUAGCUCACACGCAUUUUUAUAAACUAAGAUUUCCCUGAUUAUCAGCCAUUCUCUGACUGGUACAAAGUUGGAACUUUUUAAGCUGUAGUUUAAAACAGGUAAAGAGUUAUAGCUGGCUUACUCUGAGCAGCAUAUUCACCAAACAAACAGUGAGUUGACAAAUUACUUAAUGCUUAAAAACAAAGUAGAGCUCCUGUAUGGGUGAGUUAGACACCCCUUUAUUUUCUACCUGAGCUACUUUGGUUUAAAGUGACACUAUAGGCACUAACACAACUUUAGUUUAAUGAGGCAGUUUUUGUGUAUAGAUCAUGCAUCUGUAGUCUCACUGCUCAAUUCUCUGCCAUUUAGUAGUUCACUUUUUUUAUGCAGCCCUAGCCACACCUCUCUGCAUGUGACAGCUAUCCUAAACUCUUCCUGUAAAGAGUUUAAUCUAAUGUUUAAAUUUCCUGUAUUGCAGUGGCGUAUGGUCACAGUCGCAGGGGUCAGUGCUUCGACCGGGCCCAUCACUCCAGGGGGCCUAGCCACAGAUGCAACCGUAGGGCUGGGGGGGGGUGUGGGGGAGGGGGUGUGAUACACAUGAAAGGGCUGGGGCAAGGGAAUGAGACACAUGGUGGGGUUGGGGGGGAAAGAGACACAGGGGGGGCCAGGGCAAUUUUCGCACUGGAACCUGGGGAUUUCUAGUUACACUCUGCUUUAUUGCAUUGUCUGUUUAAUGUAGAAUUUCAGCAGCAUGAUCGAUACACAAAAAUUGCUUCAUUACGUAAAAGUUGUAUUAAUACCUUUAGCAUUAACCCACGGAGGAUCAUUGUUUACUAAAUAAACCCCUCUUUUUUUUUUCUGUUUUCCUGUUUUUUUUGUCCAGUUUCAUGGUGCUAAUGGUUUUUACACACACAGUGAAUUUUACCCAUAGGCAUUAGUUCGUGCAUUCAGAAAUCAGGAUACUGAGGGGACCUUAAGUGAUGGUAAUAUGAAUACAAUGGUUGAAACUAGCAUUAAACCUUAGACACUCGAUGGGCAUUGCUGAGAAUUGUAUCUUCCCAAUCCCUGCCUUAGUCCUGGCCAUGAUAUUGUUCUAACAAUUUUUUUUUAAUUAGACUUUUAUUUUUUGCAACAAAGUAGUAGGUAAAACAAAGGGACAAGCAGAUAAUCAUGUAUGAUUAUGAUACGUAAAAAGAAAGGUAAAAAAGCGAUUUUGUUAGCCGCACACGGUUAAAUGAGAUGCAUAAACAGGAAUGUGGACACACAGGUCCUAUAAGAUAUAUCAAGGCCCUUUAAACAAAACAUACAUUAACAUAUCCACUAAAUCAGUUAAACCAUAAGUGAAUAGUGAGCAUUCUGGGGUGCUCUAACAAUUUUAUAUAUUUUGUUUCCUGACAGGGCCAAUAUAUUUAUGGUCUGUUUGCUGUAGUAGCACAUUCAGGAACAACAAGUUCUGGGCAUUUCUGCACCUACAUCAAUAGCUCAAAGGAUCACAAGUGGUAUUGUUUCAACGAUUCGUGUGUGUGCAAGGUAAGGAUCCCUGGCGGUGUACAUGAGCCUGCAUUAUAAUGUGUUGUGAACUGUUUAGAUAUUAAGUUUAAGCUAUAAUAAUGAUCCCUUUGUCAUCUGCUCUAGUGUUUAAUCAUAGAGCAAACACUAGUAAAUGUGUAGCAUUAUACAUUACUCUUUAAAAAUGCAUUACCACAAUAUACUGAUCAAAAAGGUUUUCUCCCGUUAUUGUGUCAGUGUUUUUCAUGCAAUCACAACACAAAAAUGUAACAAAAGUUUUCUUGUAUUAAUGCCAAACAAAUAGUUUUUUGUAUUACAACCAGGCUUAAAGGAACACUACAAGCAUCCAGACGCUUCAUCUCAAUGAAACGGUCUGGGUGCCUUGUCGCCCCUGUUUUACCCUGCAGCUGAAAACAUUGCAUUGCAACAAUGUUUUUAUUGCAGGAUUGAAAUGUCUCUAGAGACUGUCAUUCAGACAGCCGCUAGAGGCACUUCAGAUUGUUUAAAGAGAUUGUACAUGCGCACUCUCAGCCAAGGUAUUGGGAUAAAAGCAGGGAGACUGGCACUGUGAGUGAGAAAAGGCAAGUAAAGUGCCAUUUUACUCCCUGCAGGUGUGAACCAAGGAUCUAAGUGGACAACAGUGCACUAUAGUGUUAGGAAUUUCAAAUUCUGUAGUGUUCCUUUAAAGGGACCCAGACCACUUCAGCUCAUUGAAGUGGUCUGGGUGCUGUGUCCCUUUUGCACUUAGUGCUGCAUUGUAAAACAUUGCAGUUCCAGAGAACUGCAAUGUUUUCAUUGCAGCUCUAAGUCUGCCCUCAGUGGCUGUCUACCAGACAGCCAUUAGAGGGCUUCCGAAAUCAAAACGGACCUUUGGACAAAAGGGAUCCAUCUUGGAAACAUCUGACCUACCAUUUUGACUCUUUUUUUUGUGUGUGCUGUGUUAAUAAUGGGUGACUUGUGUCUGUAAACGUUUGUUUUCUAAACUGUUACCGGUUUGCAUGUAUAUUGAUAAGUAUGUUCAACUCAGACAUUUCAGAUUUUGUAUAUAUGUAUUUGAUGGUUAUAUUGUUGUUACAGUUAAUUUGUCUUCUUUAUUAUUCGUUAAAAAUAUGGUAACAUGCUUGAAAACACCAUUAACGUGGGAGGAAAUUGUGGUUAGUAUUCUACUUAUGCCCCAAAACCUGGAACAUUUUUGGAGUGUUGGUUAACGUUUAGAAAAGUGCUUACUAAUUGUUACUGUAGUGUUUUCAGUGGUUUAUCAAGUCCUUUUUGAUGCUGAAGUGCUAAGUGUCCAAUGGAUCUGUUAAUGUGAUGAAAGAUUGUGAUCACUUGAGCUUCACUGAAUAAUAUAAGGUAUAGGACUCUUUACAUCGACCCAUGGUUAUCUAAAGUAUCAUAAUAGCUGGACUGUGAUCACUUUAAGAUUGUUAAUGGCUCGCCAGAAACUGAUAAGACAUCUCAAUAAUUAUCAAACAAUUGACAUGUACCCCUGACAAACUGUACCCCUGGCCAAAACUGACAAACUAGAAAUAUACCCGACAUGGAGAAUUUAUACAAUUCAACAGAUUGGUUAACUUAGAAAUCACUUAGAAUUCCACAGAAUAUCACACUUUGGUGAAUAACCCUGUCUAAACUAUGGGAUUAAAUAAAACUUUAUGAGAUAGAUUUUGACAGCAGUUGUAGGGCAGUGACAUAUCUAGUCUGCUAAUUCCCUAUCUGGCUGUCUGAUGAGUUUACAGUUGAUGCUCUAUUGUAUUUUAUUUCAGGUGUCCUGGGAUGAUGUGAAAUGUACAUAUGGAAAUACUUCAUUCCAUUGGUAAGUAUACAAAGAAAGACAAACAACGUACAAACACAUACACACAGGUGGCCUUUGAGCUAACAUUUUACUGCAGAUCUCAUCACCCUCAACUAUAUACAUUAGGAAGCCACUUAAGUAUGUAUAUACCUGUAGUCGGGUGCAAGUCACUUGGCUGCAAAUCGAUAUAUAAAGCAUGCAGUCAAGGUCAACUGGUUUUGUUGUUUCAUGUCCUGUCUGUUGAAUGAAUUGGGCAAAAAAAGAUUUGGAGGUGGUUAGAACUAGAUUGAAGUUUAAAAAUAAUGGCGGUCUGUCUGUCUGUCUACUAUUGACUUGUGCUCUGAUGAGCAGAUCACGGGUUAACAUUUUGAUAUAAACCUCUUAAACCCAUUAUUCCAUUGUACCUUUGCCAAUGUUAUGCUGAGUGGUUUCUUGGCAUUCAUUACAUUUCUUAAAGAGUUACUGCAAGAUUCGGAACUACUACAACUUGUUGUAGUUGUUAUGAUGUCAGGAUUAUCCUACUACCAUUCCCCGGUAAGGGGGCAAACUGUUUUUUUCUUACCUGGGUCCUGCCAGAAGCUGGGCUGCAGAAGUAGGUGAUGGUACUGAUAUUCAUUCAAUGGCUGAACACUCUGAGCGGUUAUAUGAGUGUCUGUGCAUAGAAUAAACACAAAAUUAAUAUAAGCAAGCCUGGAACUCUUCCAACAGCAACAUCAAAUAUAUCUGUAUGUGUGAGAAUUAUUUUAUUUUUUUAGAUAUUAAUGCCAUUUAUUGUAACAGCCGCACAAGUGGUCACUAAGUAUGUAGUAAAUUGCUGUUGUUUACCAGUAAAAUGCAUGCGUACAGAAGUUUAAGAAUUCUGUGUUAAAAAGACACUCCUGGCACCAAUACAACUUUAAUGCAUUUAAUAGAUUCUGUCCUUAUUAACCCCUUCUGUCCUCAUUAACCCCAAGCUUCUGGAUAAAAGGGAAUCAUGACAUGUCACACAUGUCAUGUGUCCUUAAGGGGUUAAUAUAGUGUAUUUUUGUGAAUGCUCAAAUCUUUAUAGUUUUUGCACAAAAAUAAAAUUGUUUUUCAAAAUCCUGCAUUAUAAGCCUGCCUCCUUAGCUAUGUCUUUUCAUGCUAGAAAGACUUCCUUAUCAAAGGUAUGCACACAGUCUCAACCCCAACAGCACUGAGUAAGCAGGUGCAGAAAGUGAAAGAAAAUACAAACAGAUAGUAAAAUCCUUACCUGUGGUGUCUUCUAAUGCAGGUUGUUUUGUUAAGAUCAUUCAGUGUUGCCAGUGGCUGAGCUUUAUGCAUAGCUUUGAUAAGGAAGUCUUUUUUUUAGUGAAGGGGUAUGGCUAAUGAGGUAGGUCAUGGUGCAGCAUUCUGAAAAACAUUUAUUUAUUUUAUGCAAAAAGUAUAAGGAUUUGAGUAUGCAAAAAAUUACAGUAUAUUAUUGAGGCCAAAACCGAUCAAAUGCAUUAAAGUAGUAAUAGUUCCCGGCGUGUCCCUUUAAUUCAUUAAUGUUUGUGUGAGACUUGUUAAGUUUCUCUUUUUAGCAAAAAAUUGCCUGUGAAUUGUAAUUGAAAUCCAGAACUCAUCCUCAAAUGGUCCUUCGAAUUGUUCUUCAUAAAUACCUAAUUGCAGUUGUGUGUGAAAUUUCUAAUUUUAGCAUCUAAAGACUCAGGAACUGACCAGUAAAGGUCAUAUAGUAUGAUCUUCUUUUGCUGAGUAAGAUGAAUGAACUACAAAGAGAUCCACAAAAGAUCACUGGACUACGACUCAGAUUAUAGUUUCAAUAUUUCCAAUUUCAAGCUUCAAUUGAUCAGAAGACAUGUUAAAGGGACACUAAAGGAGGCGGGGCCGGAUCGCCAUGCUGAAUGGUCACACAACAGAGCAGCUCCUGCAAUCUUUUCUUUUUUUAGCCCAUAAACACCGAAUUAGUACCUACCUGACGACUGGCAGCUGUUACCCAGUGCAAGAAGACAUCCUGAUUCUGAGGAGAGGCUUACUCUUUAGUUCUAGUCCCUUGGAGGGGUGCUUUCCGUCAUCCAAGAUGGGGAUGGCUCAGACGGUGAGCCGGGUGGACGGCCGCUACCCUGCUAUCCUGCCUACCAGCGUCAUGCCAGAAGCAAAAGGCUAUGUGGAACUGGCCCUGUUCUCUCCCACCCUCCCGCCCCCCUAUGCAAGAGGGAAGACCGAUGCUCCCUCCUCACUCGACUCCACACUGGCGGACUGCUGACGCGGGCUGGACGGAAACCUGCAGGUGCCUGCUAAGACCCCACUUAGAAUCCAGGUUCCGGUCCUUGGACGAGCCGGGUUAUGGCAGAGAAGCCAGAGGCACACCAAGCCAAUGCAGCAUUAAAGUGACCAGCGGAGGUCGGCUCCUGCAAAUCAAUCACCAAGCCUCCCCAAGUAUACAGCCCGCAGAAUGAGACACUGCUCCAGCGUCUUAGCUUUACCUGCCGUACCUCCCAGACUGCUGCGCGGAGGCCAAAAUACAUGGGCCGACUGCCUGCAGCUGUGGUGUUGAACCUGAAGAUCAGCAAUGCCAUUGGGAUCUGUAUCCUGCCGGUGGCAUCGGCUGAGACGCAAGUUAAACACUUGGGGAUUACCACUCUGACACUUACCUAGAUUACAUAUCCUACAGCAGUUUUCAGGCUUUUUUUUUUUUUUUUUUUUGACAAUCUUUAUUUUCCUUUUUAUUAUUUUGUCACAAAAAUGUGUAGAUACGGAGAAACAUCAGUUGUAACAUCAUAUUUCUGAAUAGCAUAACAACAUUCGUAGCCUUUAUACUAACAUUCUCAAAUCAUAAAUAUUUCAAUAGUUUCCUUCACAUGCAUUAGGUAGUGUAACAUAUGAUCAGGUUUCAAGGUUCCUAGCUCCUCUUGCAUUCAGUGCGCAGUUUGUUGCACUUAUGCUGUGCACUCUACGUUUAGGGUGAGGACCGGUAUCUGGUCUAGUAGCUGUAGGGGGUAUUUAAGGUGUCCGUCCUGGAGUACUCCAGGUAUCGGUGGUUUGUGUAGUUUGUUCUAGCGGGUGUUAUGUCUUCCUGAUGUCUGUUGUGGUCUGGGGGGGGUGAAAACUGUCCGUAGUCUGUGUGUGGUUAAUGGGUAGGGCGUGUCUGUGCUUAUGAGGGGGUAAGGCAGUUAACAUGGUGUUCUGUGAGUUUCAGCUAUAUUGGCUCGGGGGUUACAGUUCCAUCUGCCACGUAUGUGGUCCAUGGGUACCAGGUCAAUGCACACCGCUCCGAUUUCCCGUGGAGGUCGGCCGUCAGGGUCUCCAUUGAGUAUAUGUCCUCUACCACUGACAUCCAUUGCCCCAAGGUGGGCGCUCUUGGCUGUUUCCACAUCUUCGGGAUAAGGGAUUUGGCGGCAUUGAGUAGCGGCAGUUCCAGGGAUUUUUUUGUAGGCUGUCAGUGGGCUUUGGGUGUGGUGCAAAAGCAUCGUUAGGGGUGCCAGGGGGAUAUCGGUGCCUGUAAUUUUGUUGAUCUCUCCUCUAAUUUGUUCCCAGAAAGGGGCAAUUACUGGGCAUGACCACCACAUGUGGAGAUCCGUGCCAGGUUGUGUGCCACAUCGCCAGCACAUGCCUGACGUGGUACCGUGCAUGCGGUGCAGUGUGUCGGGCGUUCUAUACCAGCGCGUUAGCACUUUAUAGUUUAAUUCCUGAUAUUUUGAGCUGAUAGAGCAUUUGUGCGUGAGGGUAUAAAUCUUGUCCCAUUCGUGCGCAGUGAGUGUCUCUCCCGCAUCCCUCUCCCAGUGGUCUUUGAACCUAAGCUCUACGUCCCUGUUCGUCUGAGUCGUGAGUAGGGUGUACAGGGUUGAAAUUCCCCUGGUGAUGUGUGUGCGUUGCACACAUAGGGUUUCAAAGUCAGUUAAGGGUCUGUGUAGGUGCCCCUUACCCGACAGGGCUGAGUAGUAAGAUUUUAUUUGGCGUAUCUAAACUGUUCAAGGAAUGUAGGUGUUCUGUCGGGGCAUAGUUCUCCGAUUGUUUUUAGGCCGUUGGUGCUGAGCCAUUGGUGUAUAUAUGACCAGUCCGUCGGUUGGAGUCCGGCUAGGUCACCUCGAGUCAGUGAAUCUGCCAAGUCCGGGUUAUGUGUGAGGGGGAUCAGGGGGCUGGGCGAAGUGGUGAGUUGUAGACGGUAUCGGGUUGCCAUCCAGACCCUCAGGGUGGCGUCUAUUAAGGGGUUUUUAGUUUGUAGAUCUGCAUGCGUAGCAGUGUGUAGCCAUAAUGUGGGGGGUAUGUGCCCUCCCGACUGUUCCAAUUCCAGCGUGACCCAUUGUUUUGUGGGAUGCUGUGCGUGCCAGUCUGUGAGCCUGUGUAAAUGUGCGGCCCGGUAGUAUGUCUCAAUUGAGGGCAGGCCGGUACCCCCCAACGGUUUUGGCAGUUCCAAUGUCGUUCUCUUGAUGCGUGUUGGGCGCGAAUUCCAAACGAAUCUGCGGAUGGCGGUCGACAGGGAGCUAAAGAACGCCCUGGGGACCGCGAUCGGCACCGUCUGGAAUAAAUAGAGCAGUCUGGGUAGUAGGUUCAUUUUGACUGCGUUAAUGCGUCCAAACCAAGAUAUAUAUUGUGGGGCCCAUUUUCUCAUGUCUGCCUGGAUCUUUUGUAGCAGCGGGUGGUAGUUUUGGUAGUACAGUUGGGUCAUGUCUUUUGGUAGCCAUAUACCCAGGUAUUUCAAUUUAGUGGGGCACCAUUUGAAGCGGAAUUGGGUGUGUAGCGUCGUUGAGGAGUCCUGGGGGCUUGGAAGGUGAAGGGCUUCUGACUUAUCUGUGUUGAGCUUAAGGUUAGAUAUCAAGCCAAACCUUCGGAAUGCGGCCAGAAGAUUAGGAAGUGAUAUCCGCGGAAGGGUGAGGAAAAACAACAUGUCAUCCGCGUAUGCCGCAACUCGAUAUUCUCGCCGGCCGACGGUGAAUCCCGUGAUACCCCCAUCUCGUCGGACCGCCCCCAGGAAGGGUUCCAGGGAGAGGGCAAACAGGAGGGGGGACAGCGGGCAGCCCUGGCGGGUUCCAUUUCGAAUGGGAAAGGGGGUGGACAGAGCACCAUUCACCCGAAUCCGUGCCGUCGGGCUCGUGUACAGGGAAAGGACCCAUGAUCGCAUGCGUGGGCCGAAUCCCAUGUGUGUGAGUGUUUCCUCCAAGUACAGCCAGUCCACCCGGUCGAAGGCCUUCUCGGCAUCUGUCGAGAGGAGGAGUAGCUCCCGGUGUUGCGACCUUGCUACUUGCAGUAUGUUUAGGGCUUUGAUGGUGUUAUCUCUUCCCUCCCUCUCUGGGAUGAACCCGACCUGGUCCGAGUGCACUAGGUGUGGUAGGUGCUUCGCGAUUCGCAGGGCUAGUGUCUUGGCGAACAGUUUGAGGUCUGCAUUGAGCAGGGAUAUGGGGCGGUAGCUAGCGCAAUUCGCUGGGUCUUUACCUUCUUUGGGUAUCACCGUGACUAUGGCCGCUAGUGUGUCAGUGGGAAACCGUUCCCCGUCUUGAAGUGAGCUAAGACCUCGUAGGAGGUUCGGCAAUAAUACAUCGCGGAAUGUUCGCAAGUAUGCCAGCGGAAGGCCAUCUGGGCCAGGCGCCCUGUGGGAUUUGGAGAUUUUUAAUGCUGCGGCUAACUCUUCUAUCGUGAGGGGUCGUUCUAGUUCCUCUAUCAUUUCUGGGGUCAAUUGUCUUUCUACAUUUUGGUCUAAGUACUCCGUUAUUUGGCCCCGGCGUUGGGCCUGUGUGGUGACCGUCGUGGGCUGGGGGAUAUUAUAUAAGUCGGUGUAGUAGUCCACAAAAGCACGUUGGAUUCCGUCGGGUAAACUUGUUACAGUCUUGUCUCUAGUGUUAAUUUUGUGUAUGUGGUUCGCCCUUCUCCUGUCUUGAAGCUGGCGGGCUAAAAGCCUACCGCUCUUGUUGGAGUACUCGAAGAAGUGCCGAGCCGACUUUCUAAGGGUGCGCAAGAGGCCCUUGGCUAGUAUGUCCCGUCUCUGCCUCCUAAGCUCCGUCAGUCGGUGGUACUCGUUUUCCCCCUGAUUUUGUUUGUGUGCCUGCUCUAGUGUGGUGAUUUGUGCGUUUAGGGUGGACAAUUGUUGUGUGCGUUCUUUUUUACGCUGUGAGCAUAUUUUGAUAUAGUGGCCUCUAAUGACACAUUUAUGUGCCUCCCAGAUUGUUAGGGGGGGGGGUGUCUGGCGUGUUGUUAGUGUCAAAGUAUUGUGUCAGUGCUUGCCUGGCUUGUUCCUUGUCCACUAGGUCAAGUAGUAAGUUUUCGUUCAACUUCCAUUGCCGCUCUGCAGGUUUAUGUAGGGGGGAUUGGAUUUGUACUGUAAUGGGGGCGUGGUCAGAGUCUGCGAUAUGCCCUAUGCUAGCUCGCUGGAGUAGUGUUAGGGCCUCUUGCGCCAUUAGGAUGUAGUCUAUUCGGCUGUAGCGUCGAUGUACAGCCGAGUAGAAGGUGUAGUCUCUGCCCUCGGGGUUAGCCACUCUCCAGCAGUCAGCUAAGCCACACCGGGCUAAGGCCCUCCCUGUUGAGCGUAUGCAGUGACCUGGUAUCGAAGUUUCUCCCCUAGAUGUAUCCAACCUAUAGUCAAGGGGAAUGUUGAGGUCUCCUGCCACUAUCAGAAGGCCUUCUCUGAAUUUGUUUAGUAGGGCUAGCGUUUUAGUUAGGAAGACGUGUUGACGUCGAUUAGGGGAGUACAGGCAGGCAAAUGUGUAGGUGGACUGUGCUAUCGUGCCUUUGAUAAAUACGUAUCUACCCCCGGGGUCUGACUUCUGCUCCGUGCAAACAAAUGGGACUGUACUGGAGAGUAGGAUUGCUACUCCGGCCUUCUUCCCGUCCGGGUGAUUAGCAUAGAAUCCUGUGGGGUAACGCCCGUUUCUCACGGUUGGCGCCUCUGUACCUUGAAAAUGUGUUUCCUGUAAGAACGCCACUGAGGCGCGCUCUGCCCACAGUGUGCGAAGUAGUUGGGACCUUUUUUCGGGAAUGUUUAAGCCUCUUACAUUGUUAGACCAUAGGGUCAAUGGUGUCGGCUUGUAGUUAGAGCCCAUCUCUAUCAGUGUUUGUUGUGAGGCGUGUGUGGGUAUGUGUGCGUCAGUGGUUGAUGGGUAUAGGGGUAAGGUCUGUCCGGUGUCUGGGGAGGGUGAUAGUCUGUCCAAGAGAGAGGCAACUGUGACUCGCCUCGGUUUUUGUCGCCUUCUGGUGUCUGUUCCCCUGGGGGUGAGUCACCUCGGUGGCCUCCGAGUGUAUAUACAACGUGAGUCCGUUGCUUGGGGUAUGCGGUCCCUCUAGUGUGGGUUGUUCGAUAGUGUUGUGUCGAGCCUUUCCCUUGGCUCCCAGCUCACCUAUUGUGUUGGGUUGUAGAUCUCUCCGAGUAUGUUCCCGUCCCGGAAACCCCACCCACCUUCGUUGCCCCUCCCUGUCUCGGCCUAUGUAUGGCCUGUGUAUGUGUCUGACUCUAACUCGGGCCCCAAGUUUCACGUCAUUCUGUAACUGUUGCUACACGUAUUGUACCGCGUCCGCGCAAUUGUUUACAAACAAUAAAAACCAUAAACCAAGUUUUCAGGCUUUUGUCCCUCUCUGUUUCUUUAUCUAGGUGGGUCUCAUGGUACAUAGUCACUGACUGUUAUCUUGCUAACACGGGUAUCACCUGGGGUGGAAAAUCCUAAAGUUAUAUUCUCACCUGUCUGAAGCUUUUUCCUAUAGUUGUUUUCAAGCUACCUAAUAAUCUUCACCCAGGCAGGUAGUUUAGUGAAACGUUUGCCUACUCAGAGAUAUUCAUUCCUUCACUAAGCAUCUGCUACACUUCUAUUAACAUAGUCAGUGGAUAAGCCUAUACAGCCUCUUACUGACACUCUAUGACUUGCACCACACUACUGUCUACUCCUAUUACACCCUGUUCCAAAUUAUUAUGCAAAUGAUAAUUUUCUAAUUUACCUAAAUAAUUUAUGUAAAUAACAGUCAGCAUAAUUCUCAUGUUAUCAACUAUUAAUAGUACAAUUCAAAUUUUAUUGAACAAACCUCCUAAUGAUAACAGUAUUUUUUUUAGACAUAAAAAACUUACAAUGUACUGUUCCAAAUUAUUACGCACAGUUUCAAAACACUUUAUAGGUUGUAAAGAACUAUGAUGACUCCACCACUCCACCACUGCCUUGCUGAUGUCACAGCCUUGUUGGAACAGGGUGGCCGUCCACCAACCAUCCACUACUCCAUCCAUCUGGACCAUCUAGGGAUGUACGGCACUCAUCAGUGAACAGGACUGUUUGAAAAUUAGUCUUCAUGUAUUUUUCUGCCCAAUGCAGCCGUUUCUGCUUGUGAGCAUUGGUUAGUGGUGGCCGAAUAGAAGGUUUAUGCACAGUUGCAAGACUCUGGAGGACUCUACACCUUGAUGUCCGUAGGACUCCACACCUUGAUGUCCGUGGGACUCUGGAGGCACCAGCAGCUUCAAAUAUCUGUUUGCUGCUAUGUAAUGGUGUUUUAGCAGCUGCUCUCUUGAUCCGAUGCAUGGAUCUGGCAGAAAUCUUCCUCAAUGUGCCUUUACCUGCAUGAACCUGUAGUUGCUCUGAAUCAGUCACAAAUCUCUUAAUAGUGCGAUGAUCACGCUUAAGUUUUCGUGAAAUAUCUUUUUGUUUUUUGUUUUUUUCUUUCCUUUCCCUUUCCCCAAGACCAUAAAGGGCGAACUAUCAGGCAGGACCACCAUAUGUGUAUAUAUGACCCUGUAAAACUACCACAUCUCCAGCAUGUGGGAUCAUAGCUCUCAUACAUUUUGGCUAUCCUUACUGGGGUGAAAUACCAUUUGUACAACAGUUUAAAUGGCAUUCUACCAAGUUUAAACAGUGAAUAUGUUUACCAAUAUGUGUUAAUGAAAUGCACCAGUCCUCCUCAGAGAUCUCAAUUUCUAACUCUUGUUACCAUGUCUCAGUGGCGUACACAUGACCCAUGGGGCCCCGGUGCGAAAAUUGAUCCGUGGGCCCCCCCCGCGUGCGCGGGCCGGGCCGCAACACAUGGCGGUGGGCACCUGGUUGCAGGGGUUACAGGGCUGCGACCCCUGCGACCGCGGUAUGUACGCCAGUGCAUGCAGAUGCACACACACUUAAAGGACCAUUACAGACACCCAGAUCACAUCAGCUCAAUGAAGUUGUCUGGGUGUCAGGUCCCUCUAGUUUUAACCCUGCAGCUGAAAACACCUGCAGCUGAAAACCCUGCACCUGGGGUCCAGUGGUGCUGCUGGGCUCCUGGGCGGGUGGCCGGACGGGCAGGCGGGCGCGCGAGGGAGCACUCAGUGCUUCCUCUUCAGCUCCCUCGCGCGCCGCGCAGGGAUGCCGGCGCCGGAAGAUGACGUCAUCUUCCGGCUCCGGUAUCAGUGCGGUGCGCGAGGAAGCACUGAGUGCCCCCUCGCGCGCCCGCCUGCCCGACCAGCCACCCACCCGCUGGGGUCAGCAGGGCCAGCCUCGGGGGGCCCUGGGGUGGUCGGCUCCUGGGCCCCCCAGGGGAAGAGGCUGGCCCUGUGGCAAACACCGGGUCGCAGGGGCGGCUGGGCCCCCUGGUGGGCCGGGCCCGGUCGCAGCCGCGACCCCUGCGACCCUGGUAUGUACGCCACUGCCAUGUCUUAAUGAGUUUAUGAGGAAUGAUAGUUAGGAGAUCUACCAAACGGUUUGCGGCCGAAGUAACCUUCUUUAGGGACCUAAAAUUAAAAAUAUACUCUGAAUGCAUAUCAAGUGGAGAAGAGCUUUUUAUAACAUUCUUAUCAUUAUAGUUUUUGAUUCGGAGAUAGGUAAAGAUUUCCCUAGAUGGUAUAUGAAAAAUAUCAACAAUUUGUUGGAAAGGCAUUACAUUUUCGCCCAGCAUAAGAUCGGAGAUCCUUAGCUUAUCAGUAUCUGCCCAGUGGCUUAAAAGAAGAUCAUCAAUAUUUCUCUCUAAUAUCUUAAGUCUACACGAUCUAGGUAUUAAUUGCCGAAAGCCCAAAGUUUUCUUAAUUUCCUCCCAGACCUCUAAAGAUUGAAGUAGAAUAGUAGAAUUAAUUUGAGACAUAUUUAUUUUGUUCCUAUCAGGCGUCCACAUAACAUAUUGUAAAUUCGGGAUAUGAGAGGCUUCGGACUCUAUAAUAAACCCAGGUUCUUGGAACAUCAAGGGAUCUUGUAGUAGGUGUAUAUGUCUAAUCAUAUUGGCAUAAUAAUUAUAAGUAAUAUUUGGGAAAUUUAAACCUCCCUUCGAUAAUUUUUUUGAUAAGAUUUUUUGACUAAUUCUAGGGGUUUUAUUUUUCCAAAUAAACUUUGAGAAACUUGUUUGUAUCAUUGUCAACCAUGAUUUUGAAAUUUUGAGCGGGAUAAUGGAGAAGAGAUACAACCACUUUGGCAGUAUAUAUGAAUUCAUAAUAUUUAUUUUGCCCAACCAAGAGGUUUCCAAGUUUUUCCAUUUUUUUUAUUUCAAGUUUGUAUUUUUCAUUAGAUUUAAUAUGUUCUUCUCCAUUGUAAUAUUAACAUCUGCAGGAAUAAUUAAACCUAAAUAAUUUAAUUCGUUUUUAGUCCAAAUAAAAUUAUAUAUAUGCGAUAGCCUCUCUAUAAUUGAUUUAUCUAUAUUCAUAUGCAGGGCGGUCGAUUUCACAAUGUUUAGCUUGAAAUUCGAAACCUUGGAAUAUUUAUCAAUCUCUUGCAUUAAGUGGAAUAGAGUCUUCUGGAGAGGAAAGAGUAAUUAAUGCAUCGUCAGUAUAUAAAGAAAUCUUUAAAUCCCUAUCUAUUAUCGGUACACCCUUAAUAAAAGGAUUGUUUCUAAUAUACAUGGAAAGGGGCUCAAGUGAUAAAAUAUAUAUUAAUGGGGAUAGAGGACACCCCUGCCUUGUACCAUUUCGAAGGUCAAACCAUCCUGCAGAUAUAUUGGGUCCGACUGUUCUGGCAGAAGGGGUAGAAUACAAAGCCAAAAUUGCAUUGUGUAUCCAGCCUUUAAAGCCAAAAGCCGUCAAGAGCUCCGCUAAAUAACCCCACCCGACCCUGUCAAACUCUUUCUCCGCGUCUAAAGGCAGGCCCAGGAGGGGCAUCUUUUGUCUAUGGGCCUUAUCCAAAAUAUCUAAUAAUUUUCUAACGUUAUAUAGGAUUAUGUUCAAACAGAAGGGAUACCCCAAUAGAAUUCUCAAACGAGCCUACCAACGAGCACUGACAACUAAUAGGAGCGAAAGCUUAAGAAACAUCAAACCUAAGACCGAAACAAAGAUGACUCGCUGUAUAGGCACCUAUGAUCUCUAUUGGGAUAAAGUACAAAAAAUAAUAUCCCAUAAUUGGCCAAUUUUACAACAUGACAUAGAUCUAAGUGACAGUAUUGGUAAAUUUCCCCAAAUUACAGCAUGCAGGGCAAAAAAUCUGGAAGAUAUUUUGGUCCAUAGCCAUACUGAACCAAUUAAAUAACCACAAUCCACCUGGUUAACACAAACAACUGGAAUCUAGCUCCAAAACAAAAAAGGAAUAUAUAAUCAAGGAGUUUAUCAACUGCAGUUCCACACGGGUGAUUUAUUUAAUUACUUGCAGCUGUGGCAUCCAAUAUGUAGGUAAAACCUACCAGCAAUUCAAACGUAGGAUACUACAGCAUGUUUGCUCGAUCACGAAUCCGAAUAUUUCGCCCCAGUAUCAAACCAUGUCCGCAAUUACCAUCGGGCUGAUUCUACAAACUUAACGUUUCAGGCUUUGGAAAAACUUACCCUGAACACUAGAAAUGGGAAUUUUAAUAAAACAUUACUUAUGAAAGAGUCAAGAUGGAUUUACUAUCUGAAAACACUGUCACCAGACGGCCUUAAUGAAGAAUUCAAUUUUACUCCCUUCAUACACCAAUGAUGAUAUUAUUCUACAGUAGUUGUUUUUCCAAAUGACCAUUAUCUAUUACUGUGGCAUUGCAGUAUGAGCAAUACAUAUUUCUGUACAUCGGACUCAUUGGAAUCCGACCAUUUUAUAUCCUGAUUUGGCCCUCAAUGGGUUCUGACCACUUGUGACACUCGUUCUAUGAAGGGUAAAAGUUUAAAUUGAAUUCAAUUUCGUUAGGAGGUUUCUAAUUCACAUACAUUAUACAGUGACCUUACCUUUAGUAUGUUACAAAGAAGGUCCUAAAUAACUAUUACUUUUUGUGGUUUCACUUCAUUUUAAUAGUACCCCCAUUGUGAUAACCUAGUUAUCAAACUUUUAUGUUGAUGUCAUAGCUAGAAGUAUAAUUAACGCUAUACAUCUAGGAAGGGGUUAACUAAUUUACCAAAGAGAUUUCCCCUCCUCCUGAGGGAAUCCCCGCUACGUCAUUACUCACAUAACCAAUUAGGAAUUGCCACAUCUGACCAAUAGAAAGACUCCUCUGCAUAUUUAAACCAGAUGCUAUGUACCGACCGGUUCCCCUCUGACGAGCCAGGUUGGGCGAAACGCCAGGUUGGGCUACUCUUAUGGAUUUAGAGUUUAGCACAUGGACUUGCGACCGCGCCAUUUAUCCAUAUAUUUACUUUAUUUUCUUUCAUUUAAUAUGAUUUCUGUCUAUUAGGAUUUAGUGUCUAGCAGCAAGUGGGACUAGAGACAGGUGCCUUGAAGGCACAGGGUAAAUACAGAUACAGGAUAUUUACAGCCCUAAUACUUGCUAAAUGCUAGUUCAUCUUAAGGGUCUGCAGUGUGCUACUCUUAUAGAUUUAGAAUUUAGCACAUGGACUUGCGACCACACUACCCAGUUAAAUAUUUACUUUAUUUUAUUUUGUUUUAUAUGAUUUUUGUCUAUUAGGAUUUAGUGUCUAGUUACAAGUGGGACUAGAGAAAGGUGCCCUCGAAGGCACAGGGUGACUAUAAGUACAGGAUAUUUACAGCCCUAAUACUUGCUAAGUGCUAGUUCAUUUUUAUCUUACUUCACUUUAUAGAUACAGCUUUGAAGUCUGCAGUGUGCCACUCUUAUGGUUUUUAGAGUUCGGUAUAUAGACUUGCGACCGUACUACUUAGUUUGAAUAUUUACUUUAUUUUUCAUCUCUUAUAAUUUCUGUUGAUUAGGAUUUAGUACCCAGCAGUAAUUGGUGACUAGAGACAGGUGCUCUUGAAGGCACAGGGAGAAUAAUAAGCAUAGGAUAUUUUCAGCCCUAGUACUUGCUAAGUGCUAGUUCGCUUUUAUCUAACUUUCCCUCUUAGAUACAGUUUGUAUCGAGUAUCUAAUUGUAACAACUUAACAUUUAUAAUUUAUAGCAGACCAUUUAACAGAUAGCCUACUCUUGGAGAUCAUAUCGAUACCUUCUGCCUAGUGCCUUUAAAUCUGUUUUACCGAUCCUGUGGAGAUCGCUAUUCAUUCCCACAAUUUAUUAAUAUUGGCAGUUUUAAUACCUAGAUAGGCACUUAUUGGGCACAGAAGACUACAUCAGCUGAGUGACAGAAGGCUAUGACUAAUAAUAAAAAUCUGUUUCACCUGUAUCUCUUUAUUAUACUUGCCAUAGUAGUCUGCUAUCGUUCUUGCACAUAGCAGUAUCCCCUACCCAGUGUCUCUGGCACCAAUAAGGAUCUCUCUAUAUGAAGUAAUUGUAAGGGAUGUUAUUAUUAGUAGAGAGAGCAUUUGGGAAUCGAUAUUUAGAUACCUUUUUUCAUAUCCUUAUCUGCAGAUUUCAUACGCAGUGUCAAACGGACUAUUUAGUCUGUACCAUUGGAACAUUUGUUUCUAUAGUAUUUAGGUUACUCUUAUCAAGGGUAACGGUUUUAGCACCUAUUUUUAGGUUCACUUAUUUCUUUUUGUGUGUACAUUAGCACUUUUGGUUUUCUUUGACAUUAUAUGUAUUCAUAAUAAAAUUGAUUUAUUUUUCUUCAGUUUUAUCAGUAGAGUACUUUGUCUGAUCGACAUUCUCCUUGUAGACUUAGACAUUAAUUCUCGUACUUACAGUUUACUAUUUUCCUAGGUACACCAUUUCUUGCCUUUCUACCCUCCUUUAGUAGUUUUUCCUUAAAUUGGGCUCACCUGGCAAUCUAAUUAUCACAGGUGUCCGAGAUUGUUUUCAGUGAUCAAAAGAACCCUGAGACACAAUGCCAUCCAUGAGUUAAACUGAAAAACUAAAUAUUUAAUCUUUGUGACACUUAAAUAGAAUUUGGAACAGGGUGUAAAUUUAAAAAUAUGCACAGUUUAUCCAUGCCAUACAAUUGUCUUUAUAUGUUUAUGGAAACUCUGGCAUUAGCUGUUGUGGCACUGCUGGCGUAAACGUCAUUUGUAUAAUCCAUGCACGACAAAAUAAAGAAUUUAAAAAUAAAAUAAAGGGACACUAUAGUCACCAAAAAAACUUUAGCUUAAUGAAGCUGUUUUGGUGUAUAAAUCAUGUCCCUGCAGUCUCACUGCUCAAUUCUCUGCCAUUUAUGAACCCAAGUCACACCUCCCUCCAUGUGACUUGUUAAGCCUUCCUAAACACUUCCUGCAAAGAGUCAUCUAAAGUUUAUCCUUCCUUUAUUGCAAGUUCUGUUUAAUUUAGAUUGUCUUAUCCCCUGCUAUGUUAAUAGCUUGUUAGACCCUGCAAGAGCCUCCUGUAUGUGGUUAAAGUUCAAUUUACAGAGAAAGAGAUACAAUUGUUUCAGGUAAAUUACAUCUGAUUGAAAGUGAAACAAUUUGUUUAUUCAUGCAGGCUGUGUCAAUCAGAGUCAGGGGAGUUAUGACAAGGGCUGCAUACAGAAACAAAGUUAUAUAACUCUUAAAUGGAAUUGAGAAGUGAAAUCUAUGCACAAAAGCCACUUCAUUAAGCUAAAGUUAUUUAGGUGACUAUAGUGUUCCUUUAAGAUGCUGCUUGCUUUGUUAAUAAAACGAUGUGGUGUGGUACUUACUCUGAUUUCUAAACAAGGUCUCACUAGUGACGGAUACAGGAGUAUGGGCAAUAAAAGACAUACAGGCUUGUGAUGCCACAACAGCAAUGACAAGCUUAUUGCUGACUCAGAGACAUAUAUAGUGCCAUGGCAUAAGGAGAAGUUGCACUUUUUUAUACUUUUAGGAAACAGGCUAAGACAUAGAUAUAGGACACAGAUUUGAUCUUAAGACCAGAGAGAAUACAGAGUGUGAGUAAGAAGGCUAGCAUUAGAUUAGGUAUGUUGCGAUGUCAGGGUGUGGAGAAUUAGUAUACAGGAGCUGUGGUAGACAUGAGUAAAAAGGUAGUGUGAAAGCUCUGUCAUAUCAGGCUUAUAGUGCCAGAGGUGAGGAGGGCACAGUGUCCACACAUUUGGGCAGCACCUGUGGGGGAAAACAUGGUAGUAACCCUAUACCCAUGCCGGGUAGGCUUUCCACAUGUUCUUGCAGUCUGCUUGGUUGAUUGCCGCUGCUGUGCCAUAGGUGAGCUGCUACCUCCCGGUUCCAGACCAUGGGAACUGCAUGUCUCUUGGUGCUGCUUGCUUGCAGAGUUCUGGCCACCUCGAUCUUCCCAUUCCGGAAAGAGCGCGCAGGCUUGGGUGUCUGGUGGGGUCUGCGUCUCCAAUACCUUGCUUUUCGCCAGUGUCGCGGCUUUUGCAGCAGAGUGAGUCUUUGGAUGGGUCUCAGUGUAGGUUUGGCAGGGAUUGGAGGGGCAUCCGGCAGCACAGUAGAAUGGUGCACAGUGGAACCCCCAGGUCUCCCUCUGCCGUAACGCUCCUCAUCCCCUACCUGGCUCGUGUCAGGGUGCGUCUGUUUUAUUCUCUCCUCCAGCAUGACCCAGAAGCGGGCAAAGAUUUAGCUGAGGUGCUGCAUAAGUGAGCUGUGGAGUCUGCUUCGUGGCCUGGGGCCGGGCCUUGUGUCUCAGGCUCUGUGUUGUCCGCCAUGUUGGUUGGAGUUGUCUCGCUCUGAGUGAGUAUCACGUUGGAGAUUCCUCCACAACACUGAUAGCAUGUGUCUCGCUAGGACGGACCAGGAUAUCCCCCAGUGGUCUGAGAUGGGGGGAGGUCUGGGCUGCCUCUGGUCCGAACCACCGACUCGAGGGAGAGGAGAUCGGCCGCCUCUCCCCGUCUCCGUCCCCGGUAGGCUAACACCUGUAUUCUCCGUCUCCUGGCAGUGUAAACCUGUUGGAGGGUUGUCGGAUAGCUUGCCAGAGUUUUCCUGACUUAGUGUGGGCACAGGAUUGGACGUGUCCGAGGCAAAGCUGGGGUAAAUACGCUAUUUUGGAGCAAUUCUGCUGGAGCUCCUGUGCCGCACAUCCAUUCAGUUUAAGGGUCAGGCCCCGCCCCCCAUACAACAAACAUAAUGAUUAGAAUUCCAUGUACUCCUACAUGCAGUUAAAAAACACUAUAGCGUUAGGAAUACAAACAUGCAUUCUUAAUGCUAUAGUGUUCUCCUUACUAUUUAUUUAGGUGUCCUAAAUUCUGAGGGAUUAAAAGGUUUAAAAAGUAAGAUUUAUUAACCUUAUAUCUCCAAGCAUGUUGGUCUUAUGGCGGCCGCCCUGCCUCCCCAGCUGAUAUCAUCAGUCUUCAUGAUUUCAGCCAAUCCAAUGCUUCUUCUUAGGGAAGCAUUGGGAGGUUAGCACGUGUGUGCAACUAGUUGCUGCGCUGUGUCAGUCAAAUGUUCUCUAUGAGAAACAUUAAUUGAAUAACCAAGUCUAACUCAGUUAUUGCAGUGGAAGCACAUCUGCCUUUAGUGUCCUUUAAUGCACAUCUCACAUAAAUAAUACAAUGUAACAGAUUCAAUAAAAUGUUGUAUUUGCAUGUACAAAGCGGACAAUUCCAUUAUUUGAUGACAUGUUGUAACCAGCUGAUUAUUUGUAAGAUGUUACAUUUGUCAUCUUAACAAAUCUAACCUUUAGAUAAAAAAAAUGAUUACAAUUUAUUUUCACAUUUCAGUUUAUGAAAGGUAUACAGUGUCAAGCAAUAUACCAUUUGCGCUGCAACACUCACUAACAUAUAGAGUGGCUAUUUAGAUAAAGUGAGAUCGAUCGUACAAUAGUUAUACUAUGAUCUAGAAUGUUUCAAUGUCCUUAAUAAUGUAGUAUCUCUGAUCUUAUCACUCUGUAGCAUCCCAAGAAGACUGUUUUUGGUGUUUGAGAAUAUAAGGACACCACAUAUAGUGCUUUCUCACAACUAUAUUACUGACUAAUACAGCCUUUUCUUUUAUUUCAGGGGUGUAACAGCCUGUCUCUUGAUCUAUGUGCAAACAGAUGGGAAAUAG